ACAAGAUAGAAAUAUCAAACUUUUGAUGUCUGCCAAAAGGACAUAACACCAAACAUACAAAGAAAAAAAGGAGUUAAGGAUAAGCAAUAUGCAAAAAUCCGUUGAAAAUUCUGAUAAUAGUGAGGAUAUGUGCAAUAGCUCAACACCAGAUGGUGAUGUCAAAAAUGUGAACGCAGAUGAUUGGAAAUUGAAAGUGGAAAAACGAACGGACACUAGCAUUACCAUAUCUUGGGACUUAAUUAAGUCGGCUGAUGUCUAUCAAGUUGAACAACAUCACAGAGUCAGAGGUUGGCACGAAAACUUUGCUGUGGAUAUAUUAAUAUAUUCACUAAGGACUGGUCAGUGCUCAGCGACGGUAAAACAUUUACCUGAAAAUUUUGCCUUUAAAUUUCGAGCGAAAGCACUUAAGCUCAACAAGGAGUUGGGAAGAUAUGAGGAGUUUAAAAAAACUGAGGAAUUAGUGGCCUGCACUUUAACUGCAUUACCUUCAACUUUAUCCUUGCAUCGUGCCAUAAAAAAGGGCGAACGAUUUUUAGUGAAACGUAUAUUGCAGUGUAGACCCAAACUUAUUGAAUUACCCGGUCCGAACGAUUAUUUGCCAUUGGCAAAUGCGAUUAUAUACGGUGAAAUGUGCAUAAUCGAUAUAUUGGUAACGGCAGGCGCAAAUAUACGAAUCGGCAAUGUACAAAAUGGCAGAACUCCUUUGCAUGUGUGUAUCCGAGGCUACGAAAUGCAAAAUAUUCGUACGCUAUCAUCGAAUGAAAUAUUUUUACAUAAAAAUACAUUUCCGUUGCAGUUGACCUUUUAUCAUGGAAAUCUGGCCGCGGCUCGUAUGCUGCUUAAUAUGGGAGCUGAUCUAAAUGGCACAGAUGCCGACGGUAUGACUGCAUGCCAUUUCGCAGUGGAUGCAAAUCAGUAUGAAAUGCUUAAAUUUGCACUUGAUAAUGGCGCAAAUCUGGAAGCGAAAGAUGCAAGUGGUUGGACAUUGCUUAUGCGUGCAGUGGUUAUGGAGGCCAACUUGAAUGUCCUUAAAUUGUUGGUUACCAGUGGCGCAGAUAUGAAUACACGUGAUAUGUUUGGUCAAACAUGUGUGGAUUUGGCGCGACUAUAUAAUAAUGAAAUUGCUAAAGAAUAUUUUAAAAAUAAUAAAAAAUAAAAAAAUAAUUACUUAA